UAAUAAUUAUAAAUGUUCUCUAAGCAGAGUGUGAGAAUCAAUAAAGCUCUGAUGCAAUCUAAUACCCCAAUGAGAUUCUUCAGAAGGAAUGCAGCUCCAGGAUUUUAUAAUUUAAGAUUCAGACCAUCCCAAGGUGUAGACAGCAAUUAUAUCCCAUUCACAGGAAAAUGGUAUGCACCAGGAGGAGUUGAUAAAAAUAAGACUGACAGAAACCCAAAUAACUUCAAAUACACAAACAACUUGUUCAGUCAAGAUGUUGAUGAGUGGAGGAAUAGAGGAUUCGACUAUGUAUAUCAAAUUUAUAGAAGAUUGCAUAGAUCAAAUGACGGGUGGACCAGAACUUUAGUCGCCUACACUUCUUUCUGCUUCAUGAUGGCUCACCAAGCCCUCUUCUGGAAAGUCCAUCUGUUCUGCUUCGGUAUUUUCACUGCUACCAGAAUUAGAGAUAGAGCUGCUGAACCAACUAUUGAUGAAGUAAAUGUGCUAGAUACUAUUUUCAGUAAUGACAAGCUUAAGGAAUUGUUCACUCCAGAGACUUAUCACGUUAUUGACUACAACCAGGAGUGGGAUAAGGGAAGAGAUAACCCAUACUUCCCAGAAUACAGGACAACUAUCGCCAAAUUCUUCAACACCGACUCUAAUACCACUACUGGAUUCUACAAAUUUGGGGAUGUUGAAUCAGGAGCUUUAAUGACUCUACACUUCAAGACGAUGCCAUUCGCAAAUAACAAAUACAAUUUCUCAGAGCCAUUCAUGAUCUAUGACAUGUGGGCUGAGGUUACUCAUGAAGGUGAGUUCUUCGAAGAACGUAUUGUCAAGGCAGAAGAAGUCCUUAGAACCAAGAAGAUCUUCGUCAGUUGGCACUAAGCAAUCAAAUUCUAAUCAUUGCAGCAAAUCAGAGUCUCAAUUAU